GCCGCACCGGGCGACAAGGCGAGGUUAGAGCGCGGACACCGUAGUGAUGGGAGGCCAACAAAGCCCUUGAGUGGCUCUUUUCACCUGCAUCGAUGGUAAGCUCUCGAGGCCUCAUCUGCAAGCAGCGCUAUUUUGACCUAUCUACGCGCUGAUAUGUCCUGGGGAUGAACAGCCGGGGCUUCUGUUCCCGGUCGCGGUUCGACAGGAAAUGAAACCUUCAUUGCUACCAUUGCUGUUUUAAAGCAUUGCUGUUCCCGUCUCCGUUUUCACUACUUCAGAGGCUUCAGUAAAUCCGUCGAACGUCUUUCCGUUGUUUGGUGAGCCACCAAACGUCCUGCUCAUUUCAAUUCGUUUCUUCCAGGUUGAGCCUACCCGUAUAAUCUUCAUUCUUUUUAUUUGCUUUACCGGUAACUCCUCCAUCUUUCUUCAGGAUGAAGAUCAACCCCGCCCCCCUCCAUGCCGCCCAGGCCGUACUCAUUGGAUUGUGCUUUUGCAUGUCAGUAGCCAUUCUUGGGACAGCAGGACACACUCUUCACGUCUUCAACACGCAACAAUCAUUCAAUCCUUGGUGGUUGCCACUUUGGCCCCAACACUUCGACUCCCAUGGCGCGAAAGCCUUGAUUGGCUCCGCUGUAACUGUGAUGGUGCUGAGUGCCAUAUUCCUAGUCUUUGCUCUUGUCCCUCGAUUCAACCCUGCCAGCCGAUAUACUUUCCGCGCAGCUCUCGCCCUAGGAACCGCCCUCCCAGGAGGAUUGGCAACUCUAUGCACCGUCGUCUACGCCCACAUCCUCAACAAUAACUCGCCCGAGCUUGACACAAUUCAGACAUGGACGUGCAAGUACAAGAGCGAUAAGCCUAUGCCACAAGAUAUGGGUCUACCAUCUGGGAUGGGUAAUGGGGCAUUUGAGUCGCUGUGUACAGAGAGCAAAUUCGCCAUAUAUGGUACUUUGGUGACCUUCCUUUUACUAGCCAUGUCGCUUGGUGUUUCCAUCGUGGCAUGGCUGGCUGAUAAGUGGGCUGCCCGUCAACGUGGCAAGGAGUGGACGGACCAGAACAACGUUGAGAUGGCCAGCCAAGUGCCGAAGUACUGAAAUCAUACUCGUCUUGUGCUAUUGACCGAUGCGAACUCAAGAAGCGCUUAGAAGUCAGUUCACCGGGAUUAAGUAGGCAUCGUAUGGGCGAGAGCGAAGGAUCGCACGGUAUUGCUUGGUCGUCAUAUUGAAGGCGGCUCGUUUCAUCAUGUUAUGAGGAGGGCGAAUGGGGUUUCCAGACAUACGUGUCUUGUCUGCAGGCGUAAUGGGCCAUUCUCGGUCUCAAUGGACGCAAGCGUCUUGAAGAUUCCAUACUUGCGAAUGCAUAGCCUACGUUGCGAGCCACAUAAAGUGGCUAAUGAUCAACAAUAUACCUAAACGCCUUUUGAUACGAGC